AUCAACUACGCUAUCGUGCCAAACUAAAGAACAGGUCACAAAAUUAAUGAAAUGACACAAACUUUAAUGUAAACUGUCUUGAAAAUUAAAUGAAAAAGAGACUCCGUAUUAAGCAAGAAAAUGCGGAAUGCAAAGUAAAUCAAAGACGAGAAAUGACUGGGGGAAAUCUUCUUCAUCAAGCAAUUUUUCUCCAGCGGUCGCGUCAAUUUGAACUACUUGUCCAGAAAGGAAUCGACUUGAACAAAAGAGAUGAACGUCUCCGCACGGCACUUCACAUUCUAAGCGAAUUAGAAGAUGAGACAGUAGCAGUUAGUUAUGCCAAAGUACUUCUUCGCCAUGGAGCAAGGACAAACGUGAAAGAUUGUGAAGGUCAUACGCCAUUUUAUUACGCGGUAAUCAAUCAACGUGUACAGUUAGCGAAAGUGUUUUUGAAAGAAAGAGAAGUUGAUUUGCUUGAAUCAGAUGAAGACGGCAACACUCUSUUACACUUUGCUGCAGCAGCCGGCAAUGAAGCAUUGGUAGAAGUACUAAUAAAAUCCAUGCAAAAAGUUGGAUUAGGUAUUGAUGAACUUAACAGGAAAGGAGAAACAGCAGUAAUGAUGGCUGCUAUGAACGGCCAUGGUCAUUGCCAAAAACAUUUUCUUGGGAAAUCGUGGAAAAAGAUGCUACAAAAUGGUGGUACAGUGGAUAACAAAGUAGAGGAGACAGAAAUCAAAGUAUCGCGACAUUUCAGGUCUGAAUUUUAUAUAUUUAUCAAAACUCACGGUUUGAAAUAGACCUUUGACGCUUUUACGUCAUAUAUCGAAAAUGCAAUGCAUUGUAGGAUAUGUUUGGAAUAAAACAUGGCGGAUU